AUGAUCCAACUCGGCAACGUUCUCACCAACGCCAAAGGGGGGCGCUAUACCCCACUGCGGAAAGAGGGUGGCAGCGACGCGCCAACAUGGAAAAGCGGCUGGCUCCGGGUCUUGUGGAACCCCUCGAGCUACGGAGAACCUGAGGCGGUGCGCGUCUCCCUGUGCCUGGAGCCCGACGAGGCCGCCAAGGCCUUCUUCCAGAACACGGAGGAGCUGGUGACCAAGGCGCUCUCGGAGCACUCUCACCGCAUCUUCGGCAAGCCCCUCAAACCAGAGGAGGUGAAGGAGCGGAUGGCCAGCGCUGUCAAGACCAGCACACGCGGCACGGAGUUCCUCAAGUUGAAAAUGAGCUGGGAGAGAGUACGACUCUGGGGACCCGAGGGAGAGGAGCUGCCGACGCAGCAGUGGGACCUGCAAGGCUGUUUCUGCAAAGUCCACGUGGAGCUGCGCCAGGUCUGGCUCAUGAGUUCCCAGUGCGGCGUGCUGGCCGAGGUCACGGACGUGAUGCUGCAGCAGGGGGCGGUAAUAAACAUCAUGUCUUGGGCGCAGCAGCGCGAGAGCAUCCGGCGGGCCGUGGAGGCGGGCGUCUCCGCGCACACCUCCCGGCAGGGCUCGGAGCUGCUGCGUCUCCCCAACGCCCAGCAGCUCCUGCUCGCCCGACCGGACGGACAGCCCACGCGCGCGGGCCAGUUCUUCUACCAGCUGGUCGGAAGGCGCCCGCCUUCCCGGCGCUUCAACGAGGGGCAGCCGCUCGUGCGCGACGGCCCCAACGACUACAUUCUCCUUCGGGGGGGCGCCAAGAAACUGGUGCGGAGCCUGCAGCCCGACGGCAGCUACCGCGUCACCAAGAUCCGCGGGAGACGACGACGCGGACAGCCCUACCAGAGAGACGACUUCCUGCCCGUGACUCUGGACGGCUUGGGGCGCCAGAACGACGCCCUGGGCGAGGUUCAACAGCACCGGAACGUCAUCGCGGCCGCGCUCCGCAAACUGGGGAACCCCGAGGACGGCGACGUGAUCAUGGAGCUCUCGGACGAGACCUACCAUCUGGACGCCUCGCGGGACUGGGGCGUCUCCAAGCAGACGAUGCAGGUGGCGCAGAAUCAGGUGAACACGGAGGUGACGCUCCGCCAACCCCUGGGCGCGCUGCGGGACGUUUCCUACCAGCUCUUCAGGGGCUCGGAGAUCCUGGACAGCGCCUUCGAGGAGCGCGCCGACAGGCUCUGCGUGGUGCGCCAGGUCGCGGAGCUGCUGCAGCUGCCCUUCGAGGAGGCCUACUCGGAUUUCGACGCGAUCUGCCCCCGUGGCUGGGAGCGCAGGGGCGUCACCGGCAAGGAGAUCCGGCAGUUCUGCGAGUGGCGCAAGGCGCCCCUGUUCAUCGUGAACUGCCGAGGGCAAAUGGUCGACUGCUACGAGCCGCCCGUCAAGGAGGAACGGGCACUGGCGCUGUGCGUGUAUCGCGACCACGCCUACUUCUACAAGAGCGCGCGGGCCGUGGCCUGGUGCGACGGGGAGCCACGAGACACUCCGAGCUACCGAGGCGACCGGCGGGAGUCCACCGUGCCGCCCUUCGGCGAGUGGCAGGAAUGGUUGGGCACCCUCGAGCCAGGGCACUACUGGGCCAAGGACCUGCGCGUCGCGCGCUCUCGCCUGCUCGCGGAGGGCCACCAGCCCAAGGUGGUCCUGCGGGGGCUCGUGGAGUGGCGCUACCUGCGGCUGCGCGUGCGGGGGCAGGGAGACUGUAUCAUUCACGAGCAUCCCGAGGACGCGGAGGUGCUGGACGCGUGGAUGGGCAAGCUGGGCUUCGUCUACCGCGGGCAGCGACUCGCGGGCGCGGCGAGCGAGCGGGGCGACGUGCAGCGACUGCUGCAGGAGCAGCGGGGAGCCUGCGCGCUCUGCGCCGCGCCCAUCGACGCGGGCACCUGCGAGGCGGACCACGUGGUGCCGGUGCACCAGUCCUUCUUCGGGCAGCGGCAGCCCCUGCAGGCCCUGUGCCUGGAGUGCCACCGCGCGAAGACGUUCCUGGAGUGUUCCCACGCCACGACCCUGGAGAGCCGCUUCUGCCGCCACGUCUUCGAGAGCUACGCCUGCUCCCCGCGCCUGCCCCCGCUCGUUUGCGGCCUGUCGAAAUGCAACCCCGACAAAUUGUGCCAGGGCGUGGACGUGGUGCGCUGCCGGAAGAACGCCCUGGCCAACGCCCCCUUCCCGCUGCCCGUCUUCUGCCCUUUGGACAGCAUCCGCCCGGCGGAGGAGGGGCAGCUGGCAGACCUCACCUUCGUGCGGAAGCGGGAGGACAAGCGCGAGGGCUUCAUGGCGCGGCUGCCCUACGUCGGCCCGGGCUGGUACGGGAAGCCGGCGGUGGCCUACAUGCUCGACGCGGGCCUCGCGAGAUGGGCGGAUUUCGAGUGGUCGCUGGAGGCCACGGCCCACGUGGCGCCCGACUGCCUGGCGCGGGCGCUGGAGAUCAUGGAGACGGCCUGGCCCCAGGGCGAGGAACACUUCGCGAAGCUGAGCGUGAACGCGCUCAUCGGGCUGUGGGCGCGCUCCAAGGACGUCUACUACUCCAUGAGAACGAGCAGCCACGAGGCGGACGCCUGGGGCUCCCAGUUCCUGCAGGUCUUCUUCGACGCCGCGGGCGCCUGCCACUACGACCACGGUGCCGAGCCCUCCGCAUAUAGGCGUUUGGUUCACGAACCGGUCCACGCGCCCGGCGCACGACUUCGUGAUGGCCUGGCGAGGAUCAACCGCGCGCUGCGGGAGGUGCCGCCCCGCUAUUUGGUGGCGCUGAAGACCGACUGCCUCGUGUACCAGAACCUGCCGAAAAAGUUCCUGCCCGCUGUGGAGGCGCUCACGCGGCAGCGGCAUCGGGACGGCACGCCGAAGUACCGCUUCGAAGAGGUAAAGCGGUUGGAGGGAGACUACCGAGAGCCGCGGCUGGAGACGGAGCCGCCGCCGAGGCAGGGGCCCUGGAGGCACGUGGAGGACCCCGUGGCGCACUGCCUCGACGGGAAAAGCCUGCUGCUCUCCGGCAUGCCGGGCACGGGGAAGACGCACUUGGCGAGGCAGAUCGUGACGCAGCUCUCGGCGCAGGGCGAGGAGGUGACGCUCAUCUCGAAGACGCACUGCAGUGUGCAGAACCUGGGCCUGGGGGCGCAGACGGCGGACCUCUGGGUGCGGCGCACCAUCCGCGCUGGCCGCUGCGCGCUGGACUGGCUCGUCGUCGAGGAGGUCACGCAGCUCGACGUGGGGCUGUGGGCCGACAUCGCUGAACUGUCGACGAACCGUCGGGUGCGCUUCCUGCUGCUGGGCGACUUCCGGCAGCUGCCCGCGGUGCAGGACGCCUUCGGGGGCUCGCAGGUGCUGCGCUCGCUGAAGGAGUCGCAGCUGCUGCACGACCUGGCGGGCGGCUGCGUGCACGAGCUCACGGAGAACCGGCGCAGCGACGAGACGAUCUUCCGCUUCCUGCAGUGGCUGCGCGUGGACGAGCCCGAGCAGGCGCCGCUGCGGGAGGCCGUGCAGGCGGCCCGGGAGCGCUUCCCGCGGCGGGGCCACCCCGACACCUGCCUCGUCAUCUCCCACGCCCACAGGAUGGCCAUCAACGAGCGAGAGAACAAGAGGCUGCUGGAGCACCGGGCGCAGGGGCAGGCGCAGAAGCCGCCCCAGCAAGCGGGCACCAAUCAAGCGCAGACCAUGAGAGUGUGGCCAGGGCUGAGGCUCGUGGGCGCGGGGGGCAGGGUGCCCAAGGGCUGCUUCGCGACGGUGCGGGAGGUGGCGGAGGAGCGGAUCUCGCUGGACGACGGGCAGAGCUUCACGCCCGCGGAGCUGCUGCGACACACCCGCCUCUGCCACGCGAUCACCUACGCCUCGUGA